UCAGUUCAAUUUCAGAGUUGAGUUUGUGUAGAAGGUGAUAAAAUAAGUCGCAAAAAAAAUGAAGCACAUCACUUUGUUCGUUUUGGUUGUUUUAAGUUGCGCAAGCUUCGUCUUUGUAUCGGCAGAAGAGUUACAAGUUGAGUCAACAUCUGAAAGUGAUUGGAAAGAUAAGGCACAAGUUGUGUUGGAUAAAACUGUGACAGGAGCGAAGGCUGUUGGUGGUGCAGUCGCUGAGUCGACAAAAAGUGGCUACGUAGCGACAAAGGAAUAUUUUGGAAACAACACUGUCGGUGACAUUGCUGGAGAUGUCGCUGAUGGAGCGAAAAAAGUCGGAACAGGCAUCGCAGACGGCGCUAAAAAGGCUUGGAACACCAUCACAGAUUUAUUCUCAUAAACAAAUUUUAUUCUCAGAACCGUAUUUGUGUCGCUUUCAUAUUCAAAACUCUCAAUUAAAUUUGUUUUAAUUAAAUAAAUAUUCAAUAAAAAAAACGAUUGCUGAUGAACUUUUGACACUUCUCUCAAUUAAUAAUUUAGUUUGUUCCUCUCUUCACGGGAUUUCGCAAGUUAUGUCUAGCUGUAAGUCUGUUAUUUAAAUUCUCUAUCAAUC